AUGGCUUCCGGGACAGCUUCUGAAGACGUGCCCACACACAACGGAAUCAACGACCAUAUCAAGGUCGAAGAAAACGCACCGACAUCCCCUGCUGCUCCUGGCCCGCCUCCCGACGGAGGAACUGUUGCGUGGCUCCAGGUAGCUGCCGGUUUUGUGCUUUUCUUCAACACAUGGGGCAUGAUCAAUACUUUCGGAGUUUUCCAAACAUACUACGAGAGUGGUGAACUUUUCACGGCCUCAUCUUCGGAUAUCUCCUGGAUCGGUGCAAUCCAAAGUUUCCUGCUCCAGCUGACCGGGCUGAUUGCCGGCCCCCUCUACGACCGUGGCCACCUUCGAUUGCUUCUUUUGACAGGUAGCUUCAUGGUUGUCUUUGGACUCAUGAUGCUCUCUCUCUGUAAGGAGUUCUGGCAGGUCUUACUAUCCCAAGCCUUCUGCAUUGGCAUUGGAGGUGGACUGCUCUUCACCCCAACUGUAUCUUUGUUACCUACAUACUUCAGCUCGCGCAUGGGACUCGCCGUCGGCAUUGCCUCGUCAGGCUCCUCUCUUGGCGGUAUCAUCUACCCUAUCGUGCUUUACAGACUCCUCUUCAACAACCAUAUCGGCUUCCCUUGGGCCGUUCGCACCAUCGGAUUCAUUGCGCUUGCAACAUUUAUCCUGCCUGUGCUUGUUAUGCGAGUCAGAGUCCGAGCACCUCAGCCGCGUGCUGUUAUUGACUGGUCCGCCUUUACCGAUGGGCCGUACAUCGUAUUUUCGCUUGGCCUGCUGAUUCUUUUCAUUGGAAAUGCCAUUUUGAUCUUCUAUAUCUCCUUCUACGCACAGAAUAAAGGCUUUACCGAUACCGAGCUGGCUUUCUACCUGGUUGCAGUUUUCAACGCAGCAUCGAUACUAGGGCGUAUUGCGCCGAAUGCAUUAUCCGAUCGCAUUGGAGUUUUCAACACUAUUGCACCUGUCUCCCUUCUUCUGGGAGUCACCGUUUUCUGCUUACUCGGGGUUGUUAAUAAGGCCGGAAUAGUCGUCGAAACCAUUGUUACGGGGUUCUUCAGCGGUGUCGUCGUUGCGCUCCCCCCAGUUUGCUUCCGAAUGCUUACCGAGAAUAAAGGUAUGAUCGGCACCCGUGUUGGGCAGGGCUUUGCGAUCGGCGGUUUUGGUUUGUUGAUUGGCGGACCAAGUGGUGGUGCCAUCCUGGGUUCUGAUCAUGACUGGUUGGCCAUUUGGCUCUACGGAGGUGUGGCCGGAUGUGUCGCUGGGUUGGUCAUGAUGGUGGUUCGAGUGAUGAAGGCUGGUCUCAAGCCCGUCAAGGUGUGA